AUGGGUGCCGGACAAAUUGGAGGAAUAGCAACUAUGCUUGAUAUAGAUUUUAAUAAUGCGGCGGGUUUUCAAGGAGUACCUGCUAAAGUAACGGAAGGACAGUUUGUUGUGCAUUACCUGUCCCAUGCCAUGCUUUUUUGCGUGGGUGCACUAAUAGAAGCGCAUGUAGUUCUAACUCCUGCUAAUUGCGUUUUUGGAGAAAGAUAUAAAUUUCAAAUAUUUGGUGGCACGCAUAGAUUUCUCGAGAAUACUGGUACAGGUCGGAUGGUACAACAUCUUUGUAUUCAUAAAGGCUAUAAUCAUACGAUGCGAUGGCAGGCGUGUUCGGCGGACAAUCUAGCGUUGUUGGUUCUUAACCAGCAAUUUUUGUUUCACAAACGUGAACCCAACACCGAAUACAUCAUAAAUAGGGUUCGGUACGGAGAGUUUGCUGGUUUAGAUAAACAAGUGGCUGAAAAAUCCUGCAAAUACUUCGGCUGGGGGAGUAGGCGUAAUGGUUAUUUAAUACCUUUACUAAUACGAUUAUAUCGUGUCGACGUCACUGUAUUACCCUCUGAGCGAUGCGCCGAGAUGUGGAACAGUGAAGACAAAUAUCUGUGUAUACAACAGCCGAAGUGUAAAUCAGAAAAACAUGGUGCGCUCUGUCCAGAUGAUUUGGGAUCAGUUCUCGUCUGUUCCGGUUACGCUCAAGGCAUGAUGACGUCACGUCUGAUAGACCGGCCCUGCGGAGUCGGUUUCUUAGACCUCGGUCGUUACAACAAAUUCCUUACUUGUGGCGUGGACGACUCCCGUGACGUCAUCAACCAUGAUGACUUCAUGACAUUUGACUUUAGCACUUAUAAACCCACCCCUUCCCUUAUGACCGCUAACCCAACUAAUGAAACUACCGAAACGUGAUGAGAAGUAUCCAGUUUGUUAAGUAAAAUAUGACCAAGAGUUAAA